AUGUACACACAAGCCAUCAAGAUAAGACAGACACUUCGCUUCAAUUCAUUUUUGUUGUGUAUUACAAGAAACUUGUGAUCGCCAUGGAAGCUACUUCACAGCCAUGUUUCUCUCAGAACUACCACAACACCUCGCUCCAUUCGAUCCGUAAGCAACCAGCAAAGCCUUGCAAAAAACCUGUGACAGGUUUGUCUCAGCGAAUGCAUCCUAAAGUUUACAGAGUCGAGCCUGUUAACUUCAAGGAGUUGGUUCAGAGGCUAACUGGCGCACAAGACCAUGAGCCAGAGGUGAAUCAAGCUGAGGCUAAGCCACUCAAGAUUUCUGAUGACACUAUAACAACUACUAAAGACAAUCCCUUCGCGUUUGAUCUGUCACCUUCAUCAUCUCGGUUCUGGGAAGCUUUCCCUCUUCUAAGUCCUGCUAACCUUUCAAGAUGGUAGCAAGAAAAAGAAAAAAAGCUUCCUUUUGAUUCCAAUUUCUUGCCAAAUUUUUUUGGCAAUUCUUAAUGUAGUAACUUUUUACGAUCUUAUUAUCUAUAAAUACAAAGGUUACUGUUACA